UUGCUGAAAAAAAAAAAAAAAAAAAAAUACAAGCCCACAGAGAAAGGCAAAAGAAAUGCAGUUAGGUCGGGAUCAACACCCUGGCCCCGCGAGCAACUGCUUCCUUUCCAAAUAGUCGGUGUCCAGUCGUGGUUGUCCACGUUUUGUCUGAUAACAUUUUGAAGCCACAUCUGAGCGUCGCCACUGCAUGGUUGGGCAUACCUACCUCCAAAAUCACUGCAGCCCCACUUCCAAACAACCCACUCUUACACAUUUCCAUUAUCGCGAAUGAACUGCUGAAGCAAGCUGCAAUCUAUGUCAGUUGGGCAUCCCAUUCCUUAUGACAAUUCUUAUGCUCGAGAUGGGCUCCCUGGUGGACAUAGUUACCCUCGAGAACCUCGAGCAGAAGUUGUUCCGAUGGGACCCGUCCAGUUCGAGUCACUUGUAUGCUUUGGUCGACAUGGGAAGCAAUGGCAUCCGGUUUUCCAUUGCAGACCUUUCUCCUCCGCGAGCGCGACAGCUCAGGUGCAUCUAUCGGGAACGCGCCGCUAUCUCGUUAUUUGAUGCGCUUGGCGGGCCAUCGUUGCUCUUCCCCGAGGAGACGAUUAAGCUAGUCUCGCAAACACUGGCAAGGUUCAGGUCUAUCGCCGUUGACGACUACGACGUUCCUCCUAGCCAAAUGAGAAUCUUUGCGACAGAAGCGAUGCGUCGGGCAGAAAACGCCACGACCAUGCUUGAGGCCAUACGGUCUGCCUGUCCGGGUCUGCCCGUGUACGUCCUUGCGCCACCGGUUGAGACGCUCUUUGGCUCAGUGGGAGCUCGUUCUGGCUUCGUCGAUGUGAAAGGGCUUUUUCUUGAUCUUGGGGGAGGAAGCGUCCAGAUGACGUAUCUGGACACCUAUGCCCGUCCUCGAGAGAGCAGCACGAGUCCAGAGGUCGCCGCAGCCCUCGCCGGGCAGAGCCUGCCCUUUGGCGCGGCCCAUCUAACUAGUGUUCUGGACAGCAGUGACGCCGAGACACAAGCGUCAGAGAUUUCUCGUCUCCGCGACAGCAUGAGCGAGGCUUUCAGGACAUUGUGCGCCAAGUUUCCUUCACUUGCCACGGACGCCGCCGAGGCCCAACGGGGCAAAGCUGGGGAGGGUGAAGCAACGGCGGGGAUUGACGUCUAUCUUUGCGGUGGGGGCUUUCGAGGCUACGGGAGCAUGCUGAUGAACAGGCAUCCGAUACAGCCGUACCCAAUUCCAUCCAUUGGGGGGUUCACGGUGUCCGGUCAUCUAUUCGGGCGGACCAAAGACUUGCUCGAGUUCGACAAAUCCUUCGAGGGGAAGAUAUUUGGCAUGUCGAAGCGCCGGCGUGCUCAGUUCCCCGCCAUAGUGGCUGUGGUCGACGCGCUCAUUUCUGCUGUUCCUCGAAUUCGCUCCGUCACCUUCUGCUCUGGCGGCAACCGUGAAGGCGCCCUGAUGAUGAGCUUGCCGACGGAAAUUCGACACAGCAAUCCAUUAAGUCACUGCGGGCUCGUCUUGAGGAAACACGUGCCUUUUCAGCCCGUCCCAGACGCGGCACCUGUUGAAGUGGUUCUCGAUGCGUUACGAUCCGCUUUCCCGCCAGAUUUGAACUUGGCUAGCACGACUACGAUUUUUGGCUUACGCAUUGACGCCCUCUAUGCUGAGCAGAUAUGGAGCCAGCUGGGAUGCGACGCCGAGACAAAUGCGUCUGCUGCUUUGCAUAAUGCGAUCAGUUAUCCUGAUCUGCCCGGGCUGACGCACCUCGCCCGCGCCGUGCUGGGUGUCACAACCUGUGCCAGGUGGGGCGCGAGCUUAGCACCCGUUGAUGAGCCGCUCUACAAGAACCUACGGGCUCUGAUGGAUGCUGCAGAUCCAGACGCGACGUUUUGGGCCGAUUAUACUGGCUCUGUGACCUCAGCGAUGGCAGCAAUCGUGCGAGGAUGGCCAAAGGCUCGAGGUGCCAUCCAGGAUAAAAUCAGGUUCCGGGCAACGGCACAGCAUCAUAAUCCCAUCCGGGUUCAGCUGGAAAUCUCGGUAAAUCCGGACGCGGCGAUGGGAGUUGGCCCCGACGUUAUCCACGAGACUUUCAGGGGUCUAAAGAAGCACCGACGCUCAGGGAGAGAAGUCUCCGUCACCGUUCAGCCACUCGUGAAAGAGAGUUCGGUGCUCUCGGGUUGAAUUGAUUCCCUUGCCAUUGGUUUGCUGCUGGCUUACGGCCGAGACUGCCCGACUGCUGCUCGUUCCCGGUCCUCCAAUAACCGCAUUCCCCACCGCACCGAUUGAUAACACUAUAUUGCUUCAAGCCUCCUGACCGGAAUACAUUUUCCAAUGCCCAGCCCGAAACACAACCGAAGAUUUGAAUAUGAAACAAGCAGGGAUUCAUACGUCAAUGGUCCGCCUCCGGCCUGCCCGCAAGCUUACGGCGAGCUCAUCCCUGAUGUAUGUACAGCCUAAGGUC